CAUGUGUACGUGAAACGUCAUUGUUUACGCGCAGUUACAGGAAGCUUGACAGAGGUUGGCGGAUCUGUCAAACAGAAAGGAGAAACGUUUGGAAACCUUUAUAUUUCUUAUUGCAGUGCGGGAAAAAACAGUGUCAAAAAACAGAAGUUGUGUUCUAAGUAUUGAUUAGAAGACGAAUAGGCUAACGUUACACGAGAAAAGCAAGAUCAUGCGGUCAACAUUAUAAAGUUUUCCACGGAUUUAAUACAAAAAAGACUAUAAAGUGCUUAUUUUCAGGCAGAAUGUGGUCUCCACACAGCAGACAGCUGAUAUCUGCUAUCAGAAGUGGAUUUAGCAGGUCUGGCACGGAGUCUGUUCUGCUAUUGAGAGGUUCAUGCAUGUUGGUCAGAGAAUUGAGCACCUCUGUUAAAACUCUACAGUAUGACCAGAAAAAAACAGACAUAUCUAAGUCUGGCAAUAGGAAGCUAUUCUUUGACACUCAUGCAAUGGUCCGACUGCUUGAGCAAAGUGGUUUUGUGAGCCAGCAGGCGGAGGUCAUUGUCAAUAUGAUGGUGAAUACCACAAAUUCAAACAUGGACGUUACGUACGGUGACAUGGCCACCAAGACACAGCAGGAAAUCAUGUUACAGAAAAUCAUGUCUCAUAUCACCGCUGUGAAAAAGGACAUGAUCAUUCUUGAGAAGAGUGAAUUCUCAGCAUUAUUGGCUGACAAUGAGAAAAUCAAGGUUGAGCUAGCACAGCUAAAGUUACAAAUCACUGAUGUGAUAAGCAAAAGGCGUGCAGAUACCAUUUUGGAUUUAAACAUGGAGAAAAGCCGUGUAAAGGAGAUGACGGUAGACUUUGACAGAAAACUUAUUGGGACCAGGAAUGAAUUGAUGGAGAUGCAUUCUGAGCAGGAUCGGCAUGUGACAGAGACCAACAUGAAAAUCGACACAGAAGUGGCUGGCCUGAAGACUAUGCUAGAGGCACAUAAACUAGAUACUAUCAAAUAUCUUGCAGGUUCAGUAUUCACGUGUCUCACAGUAGUUCUGGGAUUCUAUCGGAUAUGGAUGUGAACGCCAGGAGACAUUGUUCUUCCUAAAAAAAAAGAAAAAAAUUCUCAUCAGCUUUUGGUCAUAAGAAGAGCUGUGUUAUUCACAGUCAUCCUCUAGGAGUAAAUGUCUGUUCUUGCUUUAUUAAGAUAUCAAGUUCUAUUAGGAAAAUAAAUCAUAUUUACAUAUCUACAUCAACAGUGCAUCAUCUUGCAUUAGGAUCAUGAAGUCCAAGCUUAUUUACACCAAUGUCAACAGCUUGAAGCCCAAGAAACAGAAGUUGUCUAAACUUCUAUAGUGGUGAAGGGAGAUGACUGCAAAUAUAUAUUUUUAAUUGCUCCAAUAGCAAAAGAAAAAUCUGUAAUAGAGUUUCCACGACUUUCCAAAAGAGGGAAAAAUAAAGAGAUUGAUUAGAA